AUGGGAACAACCACCAUGGACCAGAAGUGUCUCUGGGCAGGUUUAGUGGUCUUGCUGCUUCUCCAGGGAGGAUGUGCCUACAAACUGGUUUGCUACUUCACCAACUGGUCACAGGAACGGCAUGAACCAGGAAAAUUCACCCCUGAGAAUAUUGACCCCUUUCUAUGCUCUCAUCUCAUCUACUCGUUCGCCAGCAUCAGUAACAACAGGGUCGUCAUCAAGGACAAGAAUGACAUGAUGCUUUACCAGACCAUCAACAAUCUCAAAACCAAGAAUCCAAAACUGAAAAUUCUCCUGUCCAUUGGAGGGUACCUGUUUGGUUCCAAAGGUUUCCACCCCAUGGUUGAUUCUUCUUCAUCACGCUUGGAAUUCAUUAACUCCGUAAUCCUGUUUCUGAGGACCCAUAACUUUGAUGGACUGGAUGUAAGCUGGAUCUACCCAGAUCAGAAGGACAACACUCAUUUUGCUAUUCUGAUUCAUGAGUUAGCAGAAGCCUUUCAGAAGAACUUAGUAAAAUCUACCCAAGAAAGUCUUCUCUUGACAGCAGGCGUGUCCGCAGGGAGACAGAUGAUUGAUAACAGCUAUCAGAUCAAGAGACUGGCAAAAGAACUGGAUUUUAUCAACCUCCUGUCCUUUGACUUCCACGGGUCUUGGGAAAAGCCCCUCGUCACUGGCCACAACAGCCCUCUGAGAAAGGGGCAGCUUGACAGAGGGACGAGCUCCUACUACAACGUGGAAUAUGCUGUGGGGUACUGGAUACGUAAGGGAAUGCCUGCAGAGAAGGUGGUCAUGGGUAUCCCCAUGUAUGGACGCUCCUUCACACUGGCCUCUGCAGAAACUGCCGUGGGGGCCCCUGCUUCUGGUCCUGGAGCUGUUGGCCCCAUCACCGAGUCUCCAGGCUUCCUAGCCUAUUACGAGAUUUGCCAGUUCCUGCAAGGAGCCAAGAUCACGAGGCUCCAGGAUCAGCAGGUUCCCUAUGCAGUCAAGGGGAACCAGUGGGUGGGCUAUGACGACACUGAGAGUAUAGAGACCAAGGUUCAGUUUCUAAAGACUUUAAACCUGGGAGGGGCUGCGAUCUGGUCUAUUGACAUGGAUGACUUCACUGGCAAAUCGUGCAGCCAGGGCCCCUACCCUCUUGUCCAAGCUGUCAAGAGAAACCUUGGCUCCCUGUGA